AUGGCGGGUUCGGACACGAGCGAUGAAUGCGUCCAAUUUUUGAAUGCGCCUGGCUUCCACCAGCGGUUCUCUUUGCCCGCAACACCGGAGCGCGAUGCGCUCAGUAUUAGCUACUCGGAUCUGGGACGCCAGCCCACCGGCAAUCAGCCCAACUCGCCACCGGCUCUACUGUUCAUGCCUGGAAUGUUGGCUUCCCGUUUCCAAGCGGUACUGCUACACAUUGUUGGCACCAAGAUGGGCGUGCGCGUAUUGACAAUUGACAGGUUCGGUAUUGGCCAAUCUACAGAUGUCCCCAUUGCGCAGAGAAUAAGUACAUGGGUAGAAGUCGUACCGAAGCUUCUCGCCCACCUCGACAUCCCGCACGUCGCGUUGGCCUCGCACAGUGCUGGCACCAUUUAUCUGUUGAACACGCUCUAUAGCUGCCGGCAAAUUCUCUCCCCGACGCGGCCCUAUGCCGUUCUCAUGGCGCCUUUUGUCGAUAUCAGGCACUCGGGCGUCAAGUUGCUGCAGGCGGCCCAGCUCUUACCCAGUACUGUUCUGGGCUGUUUCGAUAGUGUGGCCAAGUCGCUGGACACUUAUGUUGGGCCCAUCAUUGGCUCCAGCCUAAGCUUUAUGGAUAGUUGGUUCCCAAGCGCUGCAGAACCGGAGUCGGCAGCUGUCGCGAGGCUCUUGCGCUGGCAGUCCGAAUACGGCAUGCCAAACGAUUUUUUGGAUGCGAUUCUGCAAGCCGCUGUUCGCGCUGGUAUGGCCGAGAGCACCAAAGGCCUGAAUGACGAGACAAGACUCUGUUUGAAAAAAAGCGUCACGUGGGGGGAGUGCGAGGAUUUUGACGAAUACGUCAAGAAACUUGCCGCGCGGGAAGAGCAGCGCGCUGAAGGGUCAAGACUACGAGUCAAAAUACUGUUUGCGCAGAAAGACUCCAUGAUAGGCCAGCGUGGCCGGCAGUACAUGGAGGAGUGUUGGGAGCGCAAUUGCCGCACAGAGACGGGGCAAGCCUUUGACGUUCUUGCCAAGACCGUCGACGACACGGAUCAUGAUGGCGUGCCUGGAAGACUCACGGUUCUGGAGGAAAUUCUAGGAGACCUGGUGGGAGAGGUCAAGGUAGCUGAGGCUGAACUUUAG